AUGACACUCCCGUCCGGCUUUCCUUUGCCCACUCUUGACCGUCUAGGUGCUUCGCUAUCACCCAACGUCAACCCGGAAGAGAUAGUGUCGAAAUGGUUCAGUGCAUUCGCCAAAUUAGCUGAAGCUGGUGACGUCGAAGGCUUAUUCAGUUUGUUCAUGUCAGAGUCCUACUGGCGCGACGUCCUCGCUUUCACGUGGGACUUCCGCACCUUCAUUGGUAGCGACAAAAUCAAGCAGUUCCUCAGAGAUCGUUUGUCGGCUUCCAAGGCCAAAAUGUUCAAGCUUCGAGAUGAUUACCUUGAACUGCAGCAACCCUACCCAGAUAUUGCAUGGAUUGGCUUCUUGUUUGAUUUUGAAGUAGGGGAUGUUGGAAAGGCGUCUGGAGUUGGUCGCUUGAUGCCUCAAAGUGAUGGAAGCUGGAAAGCGCACACUAUUUUCACGAAUCUUGAAGAACUGAAAGGAAACCCGGAGAAAGUCGGCGAGAUGCGAGAAUCUAGGAUGGAUCAUGGACUUUGGUCAGCGCAGCGGCAACGAGCAGCGGCGUUUGAAGAUAAGGAACCUAUCGCUCUGAUAAUCGGAGGUGGUCAAGGCGGAUUGGCUGUUGCUGCGAGGCUGAAGAUGCUUGGUGUUUCUGCACUAAUCGUGGAGAAAAAUCCGCGAAUUGGAGACAAUUGGCGGAAUCGCUAUAAGGCUCUGUGUUUGCACGAUCCUGUCUGGUGUGACCAACUUCCAUACUUCCCGUUCCCGUCCAAUUGGCCUAUCUUCAGUCCAGCUGAUAAGGCUAGCUUGCCGACUUGUUUUACUCCUGAAUUUGACUUAUGUAUUUCGCUCACACAGAUCGCUGGGUGGCUAGAAUACUAUGCUGAAGCGAUGGAGUUGAAUGUAUGGACGUCCUGCGAAGUAACGAAAGCUGUUCGCAACGAAGCGAGUGGCAGUUGGACUGUCAUUGUCGAAUAUUCCUCGGAUAGGAAGGAACGCACCUUUUAUAACAUUAAACAUCUAGUGUUUGCCACAGGAUUUAAUGGUAAUCAGCCGAAAAUUCCGAUGUAUCCUGGCACGGAUUCAUUUAAAGGACAGAUCAUUCACUCGAGCCAGUACAAAAUGGCUUCCGAUUUUGCAGGUAAAAAAGUAGUUGUGAUAGGGGCAUGCACUUCAGCUCAUGAUAUUACUGCCGAUGUUUACCAUGCGGGCAUCGAUGUGACGAUGUACCAACGAAGUUCUACAUAUGUGAUGUCCGCAGCCAAAGCUCUUUACUCAGAAAACGGCCCACCAAUAGAAGUCGCUGACCUGAUCAGUGCUUCUUUCCCUAAUGCUUUCUCGGUCGGCUUUGCACAGCGCACGACGGAGUUGAUCGCGGGAUUGGACAAGGAGUUGAUUGAAGGAUUAUUGAGACGCGGUUUUAGAGUGAACAAGGGAAUCGAAGGAACGGGUGCCAUGGUGCUAUACCUAACUAUUGGAUCAGGGUACUAUUUGGACACUGGAGCUUCGCAGCUAAUCAUAGACGGCAAGAUCAAGCUGAAAAACGAUAGCCUGCUCCAGUCUUUUACCCCCACAGGACUCAAGUUUGAAGACGGAAGUGAGAUAUCUGCGGACGUCGUUGUGUAUGCUACUGGUUAUGGAAACGCUCGAUCCGUCAUUCGCAAGAUUUGUGGGGAUGAAAUAGGUAACAAGUGUAAAGAUGUUUGGGGACUCAACGCUGAGGGCGAGAUGCGCGGAUCUUGGAGAGAUAUGGGUGUUCCAGGGUUGUGGUAUGCUAUGGGCAACUUCUCUAUGGACCGCUCCCACUCCAAAUAUCUGGCCCUUCAAAUCAAAGCGAUGGAGAAAAAAUGUUUUGGUCCGAGAUAUUCGACCUCUUAG